AAUAGCUCUGUCUGUUUUUAGCUUACUCACAGUAGAAUGGCGGCCGCUGCCUGCGGUCCUCGCGUCUGUCCGAGAUCUAAUUCAGCCAAACCACACAAAGAACACCUGCGAAAAAGCCGGGAUUCUCGUCGCAGACAAGCAGCACUAUUGUUUCUCACCAAUAUAUCUUUGGACGGACGACCGGUUUACAAUCUAAGCAAUGGAAUCGUUGGCCCUAGGGAAGCCGAGAGCCGGUGUGUGGAUGUCGGUGCGUCGGCGGUGACGGGUCCCCCUUUGUCGACAACCAGCAGCUAUGGAACCUUCACCCAAGUGUCAUCCUCCAUCAGCGGAGGGGCAGCGACCCCUAUCCCGAGGACUAACACUUACCCUGCUCCUCUGAGCCCUCCUCCAUUAUUUAACCAAGGGAGCAGCGACGUUUUCACGGAGGAUGGACGAGCAGAUCCUUUGUCAGUCCAGGGACCCCCUCUUUCACCGACCUCUGGACCGCUGAAUGUGGUUUUAGGAUCAAGUAAACCACCAAGCCAAUUCCCGGGCUCCAAUCCUGUGCCUGAUUCCCGUCAAAGGACUCGUAACCUUUCUGGGUCUCCAGGGACAAAGGUUUCCAAGAAGGUGCACUUCAUCAAGAAUAUGAGACCGUAUGAUACUCGAGGGAGCAGGGUUGUGCUGAUCUGUGCCAAGAGAUCCCUGUGUGCUGCUUUCUCUGUAUUGCCGUAUGGAGAGAGUUAUCACAUCAGUGACUCUAAACUAGACACCCAGAGACAAAGACAUUCUUCUGGUGGUGGAGUUGAAAUGGUCCCUGGAUUAGAGGGAGUGGAGGUGGACUUUGGAAAGACAGUAUCAUAUGCCCGUUUUCUGCUCCCAACUAAUGCCUUGGUCAGGCAGAAGAGCAGUGGCCCACCUGACAUCAGUACAGCUCAGACGCCAAUGUCUCGAAACCGUAUCAACGGGCAGAAAAACUUCACCCCUUCUCGAAUCAACAGCACAGUUAUACAAGAUACUGGUUUUCCAUCCUCUUCAGAAGUCAUCAGUAGUCCAACUGCUACAAUGACUGGUGUGGAGGAGCUGUCAGACUAUGACCCCAACUUACUCAGUGACCCCCAGUGGCCAUGCGGGAAGCACAAACGAGUGUUAAUUUUCGCAUCUUAUGUGACAACGGUUAUUGAAUAUGUGAAACCGUCUGACUUGAAGAAAGACAUGAAUGAGACGUUCAAGGAGAAGUUUCCUCACAUAAAGCUGACGCUCAGCAAAAUCAGAAGUUUGAAAAGGGAGAUGCGCUCUGUGAGUGAGGAGUGUGGCCUACAGCCGGUUACCAUAGCGAUGGCCUAUGUUUACUUUGAGAAGCUGGUUCUGCAAGGGAGGUUAAACAAGCACAACCGAAAGCUGGUGUCUGCCGCCUGCGUUUUACUAGCUGCCAAGAUUAGCAGCGACCUCAAGAAACAAGAGGUCAAGCAACUGAUUGAUAGGUUGGAGGAGCGUUUCCGAAUAAAUCGCAAAGAGUUGAUUUCCCUGGAGUUCACGGUUCUGGUUGCCUUGGAGAUGGCACUCUACCUCUCAGACAGCAAGGUCAUGCCUCACUAUCGCAGGCUAGUGCAGCAGGGCUGAAAUGGAGAGGGCCCUUAAAGGGAUAGUCCACCCCAAAAUGAAAAUUCUGUCUUCAUUUACUCACCCUGAUGUCAUUCCAAACUUGUAUGACUGUAUAUAUAUUUUGAAGAAUGUUGGUAACUACUUCCAUUGUAUGGACAAAAAACACUGAAACAUUCUCAAAAUACUUUUUUCUGUGGAACAUACAAUAAAAGAAACAGGUUUGGAUCAACAUGAGGGUGAAAAAAUGAUGACAGAAUUUUCAUUUUGGGGUCAACUAUUCUUUUAACCGCGGUCUGUAGACCAUAGAGAUGGCGUUCUUAUCUUAUGGCAGUUAUGGAAGGUUAUUUGUUUUAUUUAUUGAUUAAACAGAUCAGUGGACACUCCCAUCUUCACUCGUUCACUUCACGAAUCUGAUUUUAUAAAUCAUACAUGUGUAGAGAAAGGCUUACUUGAAGCACUGAUUUACAUCUUCUUUUUUUUGCAUGUGUUUUUAUUUUUUAAUACCACAAUUGCUAAUCAAUCAUCAUUUAUCAAAGCUUCUUCUUAAUGCAUCACUUUAUUUAUGCAAUAUUUUAUUUUUGAAUGACUUUAAUUUUAUUAGAAUUCAUAAUUUAUGAAUACUGAAUAUAUUUUUGAUGACGCUUCACAUAUUUUUUUUUAUUUUUGAUGCGUUUUGGGGUAUGUGUGGCAUUCCGAUGCGUAUCCAGCCUGGCACUCUAUGUUAGAGAUGACAUUUAACGGGCACAUUAAUUGUGCUUUUCUCUAUCUUUUUUUCUUGUCAUCAAACAUUUACCAACUAGACAUUGGUUUAACAAGUGAUACAGUGUUCUUUAAGGAGACACACCGCAAUGAAUUUUAGGUAGCGUUGGAUGUAAAAAGUCUUUUGAAUACGUGAGUGCCAUUUUAAACAGAAACUGAACCAUUUACCAGUUACCAGUUGUUUUUCAGUGUCUUAACAUGAUUUUCUCAGUUUUAAUGCACAGCUGUGACAGUUACAGUGAUUAAAUGUUUAAUUUUUGGCAAUAUACGGUGUCCUUAAUCUUAUGUGCAACGCUGAUUGAGUACGUUUCACGGUACAGUCGGUUUUACAAAUAACUCCACACCUGUAUAUUCAACUGUUGUGUAUUUGUUCACAGAGGAAAUGGCGCCUCCUUGACGGAGUGAGUCUGUUUUGUGUAGUGCAGUGUUGAAUACUACCUAACCUUGGUGAAUCUUCUUGGUUAGUGUUCAUACAAUAUUGUCUCUUAUGUAAUUUAAUCAUUUGGAAAUGUUUAUACACCAUAUAGGAGUGGCCCAUGUUUACUUUCAGAACCUGGACAGUAUCACAGUGUGCAGCAUUACCAGAAAUACACAACUUUGUUUUUACAUCUGAUUUCUGUUUUUGACUGAGAAGCAGAAGCACAUAUCCACCAUCUAGUGGUGGCCUUUUUAACGUGAUGGUUCUGUAUGGUGCAUUUGCUCCUUUCCCUCAGGAAUCCGGACUGGUCAAAAUUCACAUUGCUAUGUCAAAUGAUCAACUGUGAGAGGGGAAUUGAAUUGGAGAGAAUUAUAGGUAAUCAUACUUCACUAUUAGUCUUCACUGAGCGUUGAAGAAUGAAGUGCCUUUUCUAUUACAUUUGUCAGUACGGUUCUGUUGCCAUAAUGUUUUCCACACAUCCCGCCUCUUUAAUCUUUUUUAAUACCGAGUCAUCACGCACCUUGACACAUGAAUGUGACUGUAGAUCCGGUUGGAAAACCGUGUGACGUGUUGAUUGAAAUCUCCCUGUAUGUGAAUGCAUUCACUCCUGUGAUACUGUCGUAGAAGCUUUUUGAGGAGGUGGAACAGUACAAACACUGUGAGGGGAAUCCUGUGACAUUCUGCAUGAGAAUACUGUUUUUUGUGAGUGUCUAUGAAAAAAGAUGUAUUUUUCAAAAUUGUCUAUUUUGGCAGUAUGUUAUAGAAUGAUGUGAGGCUGGUUCGCACUGCCAGAUUAAACGGCAACACUGAACCACAAACCAUUGGAUGUUGGUGUUUAUUGGGCGGUGUGAGCCAGCCUUUAGUUUGGACUGAACUGUUCACAGGGUCUUAUCUGUUGUGAUGUUUAGAUGCUGUGUUUUGUCAUUUUUUUUCUAUUUGCAUUUAUAAAGAUGUUUUUAAAUUG